AUGCCGGCGGUAUUCGAAGAAAACGUCAAUUUUCAAAAGUUGAAUUUCUGCAUUCCAGCAUUUGGCUGCUCAAAUACAGGAAUCACUGAUUCUGUCAGACUGCUGUUUCUGAACGCUCACAACGAUGCUCGGUUGAGUGUGGCAAAAGGCUUGGAGCCGAAUAAAUGUGGAACACUACCAUCUGCUAAGAACAUGUAUAAAUUGCAGUGGACUGCUCCCUUGAACAGCAAGCACAGGACUAUAUUUCUACUUGUCCAACAUCCUUGGGAUCAUUUAGUGGUUUGUCGCAGAAUAUUCAAACGUGACUACAAUGGAAUAACUUCCUCGACGGAUGUGGCCGCGUUAGUGGCACAGACGUUAUCGACAUGGUGGGGAAAGGUCCGUCAGUAUGGCAGCACGGAUCCAGAGAACAGAUACGUCGAUAGCAACCUUUAUACAUUUGCCAAUAUGGUGCAUUCAAAAAUGACUGCGAUUGGCUGCACGUACAAUGUUUGCGGUGGCACAAAACUUACCAUUACUUGCCUCUACGAUAAGAUAGGCUACUACACCAAUGGUGUGAUGUGGGAGAACGGCACUGUUUGCACCUCGGAUUCCGACUGUACUACCUACCCUGGCUCAACUUGUUCUGGAGAACUUUGUUUCAAGGAAAUCGAAGUGCCAGACCCUGGUACUAACACGAUGUGUCCGUCGAACGCCAACAUGACUGAUGCCACAAGACAGAAAUUUCCUGGAUACACACAACUACCUCAGGUCGCGUGUCGCCAAUGGACUAGAACCGGAUGCACUUGGUGGAAAUGCCCCAAAAGCUUCGCAAAUGCUGAAAAUGGUGAGCAUUUCUUGCUUUCUUCUCCACUGCAAGACCUGUCAUUGAGGCACGCUCCACGUGUUUUACGUGGGUGUGGUCGGGCCUACCACAGCACUUUCUAA